GAUGAUUUUCAGAGGUCAAGACACCUGCACACUUCGACUUAUUAUGAUAGCAAGAUUUUCCCCAAAUCCAGCCUUAUCCAUGGCUACAUGCCAUAGUUUUACUUAGUUGCUGCCAUUGCAGCACUUCCUUUGUCCUUCUUAGACAGUGAAGUGAUGGACUCAAAGUAGUAGUUUAGUUGAGUUUUGACUCUUAUCUCAUCUUUUUGUGCCAAUGGCUGAACUUAGUAGUGUUUUACAUGUUCAUCCUAGUCUUUUUGUUUGUUGAGGAAAUAAGAUAGGAUGGAUGAUAGAGAGGUAGAGCUAUCACACCAUGUCUUGGUUCCUAAUUUCGAUUCAUCUAGCAGUGUUCAAGCAUCAAUCUCUGUGGAUUCAUUUCUUGAUGAGUUGUUAAGAAAUGGCCAAACAUGUACUCACACCCAUACUUGCAACCCUCCUGGCCCUGAUGCUACACAUACUCACACAUGUUACCAUACUCAUACCCAAGUCAUUCCAUCUGAGAAAGUGGACAAUCCUAGUGAGAAAGUAGAUGGUCCUUGUGAUAGUAGAAAGUCAACAUCAAAGACUAGGAGGUCUUCUGGAAAUAGAGAAGCUGUUAGGAAAUAUAGGGAGAAGAAAAAGGCACAUACAGCUUACUUGGAAGAGGAAGCUAAGAAACUGAGACUGGUAAACCAACAGUUGAUUAGGAAAGUGCAGAGGCAAGCUAUUCUUGAAGCAGAAAUCUCGAGGCUUAGAAGCCUUUUGCUCGAUGUUAGAGGGAAGAUUGAUACUGAAUUGGGUGCUUAUCCCUUACGAAAGCAGUGUACUGCAAGCACUAAAGUUAAAGAAGGGGAGUCAGGGAUGCAAUAUUCUGGUCUGGCAAUGAAGCUUCAGUGUGAGAAUGAUUUAACUUGCUUCCAUCCUCACGGGGAUUCAUCCAUAGAGGAUGGUGGUUUUGGUGGAUGUGAUAAAAUGGGAGCUUCAUCUUGGGAAGGAAACUGCCAGUUUGCAACUGUUGCUUGUAAAGCUAAUGGACCUGCAGAAAGAAGUGGUAUGGACUCCGUGGAAACAAGGCUUUCAUCUGCAUCUCAAGCAGAGUAAUCAAGAGCCAAGGCAAGAUAUCAAUUAUGACCUUCCCGAUCGUCAAGUCUUAUAGAACUUCUGCUUUAGUUAAAUUUAUGAUAGAACUAUGCUAGGUUGGCUGGGGUAAUACACAUCUGAAGUACUGAACAUUCCAAGAAUAUAGUCAUAAAUCAGGUUAACACUUUGUUCUAUAGAGAAGUAUGAACCUGUAGAUAUUUUUGUACUCAAAAGGGGAAAAAAUGACCUCUAUAGUAUAUGGUAUCCUACAUGUAUGAGAGCACUGAUUGAUGUACAUAAAUCUCUAUUUCACUAGUGCGGUUUUCAACAUUUUGGUGGUUGUAUAAUAGCACCCCUGAGUAGCUCUCUAUGUGGUGGGAUUUCCGGUACACUACCAGAAUACUUAAUGGAUGUUAUCUUUUCUCUACGUUGGUGUAAUUGUGAUUUGAUUGUAUUAUGCAAA